CCACUUUGUGUCCAGAGAACACGCCGCUGUGGCUCCAUCUUUCUCUCUCAACUACUUUUUCUUCCAUGCAGGAAAUGUCUCGGUUUGUUUUAACUUAAUGAUUUGUGACACAGCGUCAUUUCAUCCCCGUCUGUCAUGGAAACAUCCCAGCAGCAGCAGCAGCAGCAGAAGCAGAUGAAAGGUGCUGAAAACUCUGAGCUUCGUCCUCCGGUGUGGACAUGAGGCUGUGUAACCGCGGUGUGAUGAUGCUGCUGACCACGGCGGGGGCUUUCUGCGCCUUCAGCCUCAUGACCAUCGCUGUGGGCACGGACUACUGGCUGUACUCCCGCGGGAUGUGUCGCUCCAAGAGCCAGAACGACAACGAGACCGUCCGCAAGAACGAGGAGGUCCUGACCCACUCUGGUCUGUGGAGGACCUGCUGCACUGAAGGAACGUUUCGUGGCGUUUGCAAGGACAUUGAUCACUUUGCUGAAGAUGCAGACUACGAGCAGGAUGCUGCAGAGUAUUUACUACGAGCAGUUCGAGCCUCCAGCCUCUUCCCCAUCCUCAGUGUGGGGUUGUUAUUUCUCGGAGGCGUGUGUGUGGCUGCCAGUGAGUUCUACAAGUCGCGCUACAACGUUAUCCUCAGCGCGGGCAUACUCUUUGUCUCUGCAGGUCUCAGUAACAUCAUUGGCAUCAUUGUGUACAUAUCAGCCAACUCAGGUGACCCCAGCCAGAGUGACAACAAGAAGAGCUACUCGUAUGGCUGGUCUUUUUAUUUUGGGGCUUUGUCCUUCGUGCUGGCAGAGAUGGUGGGCGUCCUGGCAGUGCACGUGUUCAUUGAGAAACACAGGCAGCUGCGCACCAAAGGCCGGCCUUCACUCACAAAGCCGCCCAUCUCCCGCAGCUCAUCCUACUAUCGCAACCGCUACUACCAGAACCGCUCCCGCCGCUACAGUUCCAGGAGCAACCACAGCGCCGGGGACUCGACUACACAGUCCUUUCGAGCAUCCUUGAUGCAAGACCGAGAGCCGUCCCUCUCCGCUGAAUCCAAAGUCUGUGGUCCAGUGACAGUGGACUCAGAAUUCAUGCUGUACACAUUAACCUGUCCAAUCAAAGACGGAAACGUCGACAUUGCUGUGGAUGAUUUAACCGCCACAGCUGCUCAUAACAACACAGACGUGCUGCCCGGGAACUGUGCAGCCAACAGAAGGACCACACCAGUGUGACGGAUGGAGAUGUGCAGCAAUAAAGAGGAACUAAAGUCAGACAUUAAGGCUUAAUAAGAGGAUGUCCUCACUCUUAUUUGGUAAAUAAAGAGGAUAUUAUGGAGUUACAUUGGAGUUACAUUGACCAAUCAGUUGAUUUUGUCUCUUAUUAACCGUUUAGUCUGUGCGAUGUCAGAACCUUCUGAAAGAUUCCCAUCACUGUUUCUCAAUGUGACAUUUUUUCCACAUUGUUAUGGUCAACAGUGGUAAACCCCUGUGUUUGACGCGCUGGUGUCAUAGAAUGGCAAAAAGAUACAAAAAUGAUCAAAAGUAGUUAAAAGCAGUUAAUUAAUCAAAUCAAAUUGUUUCAUUUAUUGUUGACAAGGACAAAGGAAAUGUAAACAAGAACAUUUUUGAGAUCUGCUACUUUAGUGCUGUUUUUUUAUGUCUGCAGAGAUUUUUUUUAUCACUUUACAGUACACGCACUUUAAUGGGUCUAAACAUGAAAACAAAAUGCCAUUAAAUGCAAUCCUC